AUGGAAUCGUCUCCUAAAACAGCAAUUGAAAUAUCGAGUCCUAAUGGUGAACAACAACCGUCGUCAAUAUUAGGUGUAUCAACCAAUGAUGAAUUCGAUAAGAUACUUGCAAAUACUGUCAUGUUUCCAUCUGAUAUUAUGUCAGUUCCCGUUACUCCAAACGGUAAUAGUGAACAUUACGAUAUCAAUCUUCUUAUUAAUUCAUCUGAUCACCAAAAUCAUUCAUUGACAUUAUUUGAUUGUCCAAUUGAUAAUAAUGAAUUAUUAGAAAUACUUGACUCACUUAAAAAUGAACCAACUGAAACAGAACAAUUACAACAUCGUAUUUUUAUAGAAAAUAAUAAUCAAACGUAUUUCAACGAAUCACAAUGGAUAUAUCCACCAUCAUACUCUGUUCCAGUUGGUGAUUCACCAGUAGAAUCGAAAGUUGAUCUUAAUUCAAGAUGCACGCAAGCUAUUAUUGGAGGGCAAGAAAAAUUACUGAAAGAAGCAAAAUCAAAAAACACCAAAACCCAUCAACGACGUUCAGUAACUGUUGGUCCUAUCGAUUAUAUUCUAGAUUCGAGUGGUUGUCAACCAUGUACUACUGUACAAAUGUGCAAUGAUUUUGCAUCUCAACAACAACUUAUUGAAUAUGAUGCUAUGGAUUCAAAGAAAAUUCAAAUUCAAUGUCAACCACGUGCGAAAUACCGUCCACGAACACAAAAUGAAAGUAAAAGUUCGGCUCACUAUGUACGAUGCGAAGAAGGAAUCAAGCCGGAAUAUCCAACAAUUUUGAUUCCUUCGACAUGGAAUUUUCAAUCAGAUGUAAAUCUUAUUGAAGUUGCUCUGAUGGGCAUCGAUAGACAACCACAUCCAUAUUCUAUCGAUAAUAAAACUAGUUCAGAUACAUAUGAAGAUCAUGCAUUAAUUUUUAAACAAAAUGAUUCAAAUGUUUUAUACUUUCGUUUAACAAAUGAAGAUUUUCAGAACGGAUAUAAAACUUUUAUGAUUGAAAUGAUUAAAAGUAGACAAGAUCAUAUUAUAACAAAAGAAUUGAUUCGUACACGACAACUUGAACAGUCAAUCCUCCGGUUUACACGUAUUUUUCAAGUGGGAAAAGGAGAAUUUCAACGUGAUGAAGGUAGUACAGAAUAUUCUUCUGUUAUGACUGAAGCUUAUGGCGAUGUUGAAGUUGAACAUAUGGGUCCACAAUAUGGACCAAUGCAUGGACAAGAGAUGGUAUAUGUUGUUCUCAAGGGUCGUAUCCUUAAAAAUGAUUUAAAAAUUGACAUUGUUGAAAAUUCAUAUAGCUGGAAUUAUUCAAUGGAAAAUUUUACUAAAAAUGGUAAUGUUGUUUAUUUUCUAAUGCCAGCUUUUCCAUUUCCACAAUUCAAUACUGCGAAAGUAAAUAUCAUUAUUUACUAUAAAGGAGAAGAAUUAUUUCAAACAAGCUAUUUAUAUAAAGGAUCAUUAGAUCAAGAAUUAGCUGAACUUCGUUUAAAUGAUCCAGAUACAACUACUGUUCCAGCACCAAUGCCUAAGAAUUUCAAUCCUUUCGACUUCAUUACAGGUACCGGUGUAUAUCCCACUUUAUCUUCUCGGAAAACAUCGACAGUUAAACGUACAAAAGGCAUUAUUAGAACUGAAAAACAAAAACAAAAACAACAAUAA